UGAUUUGUGAAUUUUUAAUGCCUAAUUUAUUUUCCAAUAAUUACCAAGUUUCUUCAAAUUUCUCACUUAAAAUGUUAGAUUAGCCUUCACACGUUAAACACAAAAUGCAUUCCGACAAUAUUUGUUACUAUUUGGUACCUUGAUUUAAUUAAAAAACAACAUAAAAUGUGCGACAACACACUCGAGAAACUUUGGAUUGAUUAUUUGUUGGUAGUUAAAACAUAAGUGAAAAUGAUGGAAUACGACUACAGUUCCUUCAGAAGGGAAUCAGAUUUCCACAACAAAUGUUGCGGAGGCAUGUUCUGGUGUAUCAGAGACAUUUGCGGUAUCAUAUGUGCAAUAUUAACCUGGCUACUUAUAUGCUACGCCGAAUUCGUUGUUAUGUCUGUUAUACUUUAUCCUAGUACAAACACUAUAUAUAGCGUGAUAAACACAAUUAUAUUCCAAACUUGUGCUUUCUUGGCAUUUGCUUCACAUCUUAAAACCAUGUUCACGGAUCCGGGCGCAGUACCAAAGGGCAAUGCCACAAAGGAGAUAAUGAAGCAAAUGGGUCUCAGAGAGGGCCAGAUUAUCUUCAAGUGCCCUAAAUGUUGCAGUAUUAAGCCUGAUAGGGCUCAUCACUGUUCUGUGUGCCAGAGAUGCAUCAGGAAAAUGGACCAUCAUUGUCCUUGGGUUAAUAAUUGUGUAGGAGAAAAUAAUCAAAAAUAUUUUGUACUGUUCACAUUCUACAUUUGUGCAAUUUCACUUCAUUCCUUAUUCUUAGCAAUUAAUCAAUUUUUAAUGUGUGUACAUCACGAAUGGAAAGAGUGCACCAGUCACUCGCCCCCAGUGACGAUUGUCUUAUUAUUGUUUUUAAUGUUUGAGGCUUUACUAUUUGCCAUUUUCACAGCUGUUAUGCUUGGUACUCAAGUACAGGCAAUAUGGAACGAUGAAACUGGUAUUGAGACGUUGAAAAAGGAGGAGGCCAGGUGGGUGAAAAAGUCACGCUGGAAGAGUAUCCAGGCAGUUUUUGGAAGGUUUUCGCUUCUGUGGUUUUCUCCAUUCGCCAGGCCGAGAAAAUAUAAAAUGGAUUUUUAUGCAGUCUAGGACGAAAGUGGGAAAAAUUUUAGAUUUUUAAGUUGUUUUCACACUUCUAGUCUACUUGGAACAAUUUAAAUAAUAAGUAUAAUAUUUAUUUACUUUCGUAAGGCAACUUUACUGGUGUAAUGUAUAAUUUUUAGUUUUGAUUUAUUUCAAAUUGUGAUACAGGUAUCUAGCUUAAUUUGUGAUGAAUCAAUAAUUGGUUAAGACAUCACAACUGUUAUUUUUUAAUUUGAAUAAUUUUAUCAAUACUUUUUAACUGCAUAUCUAAACUGAAAUUAUAUUCAGUAAUUUACU